AUGGCUGCCCUCCUUUCCGCCCUUCUUCACGUCUCGUCCCUCGCGGCUGCGGCCUUUACCCCGCCUCAAGUCUCUUCGGCCGUCAUCGUAAGGGAUGUCGUGGUUCUCGGCGGCGGUGCUUCCGGCGCCCAUGCCGCUUUCCGGAUCCGCGACGGCAACAGGACCGUCGCCCUAGUCGAGAAGGCAGAUCGUCUUGGUGGCCAUGUUGCCUCCUUCACCGACCCGCGAACCGGCAAGCUGUACGACUACGGCGUCAACUCGUACACCGACUAUGGCGCGGCCCGCGAGGUCUUCGCCCGUUUCGAUGUCCCCGUCCAGAGCCCGGCUCGAUUGCCCCUAGUGUCCACGUACGCCGACUUCAACACGGGCCGCGUCACGAAUUCUUCGGCGCCCGCCCCAGCUGAGAUCACAGCCGCUCUUGAGAAGUACCUCGAGAUUUGCGAGUUGUACGAGUCCUUGAUCAGUCCUUCUUACGCCAACUUUCCGAACACCACUGCCGGCAUUCCCGAGGACUUGACGCUCCCAUUCCCGGACUUUGUCGAGAAGUACAAUCUUGCCGCUGCCGUCCCACGCAUCUUCCAGGUCACCGGUCUGGGUAUGGGCAACCUCGCCAACCAGACGACGCUGUAUGUGAUGCAAGCCUUCGGCGCAGACCUCACCCGCUCCCUGCUGGGAAAGGUCUCCUCCUUUGUCCCCGUUUCCCAGCGGAAGCAGGAUCUCUACGACGCCAUCGCCAGGCUCCUGGGCGACGACGUCUUCCUCUCUUCCGUGGCCGUUCGCACCAUUCGGACCGACGAGGGCGUUGAGGUUCUGGUCAGCGGCGCCGACGGCCAACUCACUCUCGUCCGCGCUAAGAAGCUCCUCAUCGCCUUCGAGCCCACCCUUGCCAAUCUCGACGGGAUCGACGUGGACGAGAAAGAGGCGGCCGUUUUUUCCCACUGGGAAUGGUCUCACGUGCAUGUUGGUGUCGUCUCCCACCCCUCCCUUCCCAGGGGGUAUUCUCUCGCCAACCGCGACCCCACCCACUGGCUCUCUCUCCCCGUGACCCCUUCUGUUGGCCGCUUCGACUAUCUGGGCGACGACUACUUUCGCGUCUUCGUCACCGGCCCCCCUGGCUUCAACACCUGCCAGGCACAGAGCCAAGUCUACAGGUCCCUGGAGAAGCUCGCCGAUGCCGGCACGAUCCCACCCAUCCGGGGCGAGAGAGUCCAAUUUCACGCGUGGUCCGACCAUGGUGCCAUGCACCUGCGCGUGCCCGGCUCCGAGGUUAGGAACGGCUUCAUAACGGGCCAGUACGGACUACAAGGCCACAGGAGCACAUAUUACACCGGUGGCGCUUGGUCUGGACAGUUCACGGCCAUAUUGUGGUGGUUCAACGAUUGGUAUCUUCUUCCCAAGCUGCUGGCUAGACUCUGA